AUGGACUUCGCUGCUAGCGCUGGAAAUCUUGAAAUCGUGCAGUAUCUGCAUCACAACCGGUCCGAGGGCUGCACUGUUGACGCUAUGGAUUCUGCGGCGACAGAGGACAACCUUGAAACGGUUCAAUGGCUUCAUGAAAAUCGGACGGAAGGAUGCACAGACGAAGCUAUGGACACUGCUGCAGCCAAAGGACAUUUAGAUAUGUGGCUGAGCAAAGAGCGCAACGAAGGAUGUACGACGACGGCGAUGGAUGCAGCGGCAACAAACGGACACUUGGAUGUCGUGAAAUGGCUACACCACCAUCGACUUGAAGGUUGCAGCACGGAGGCGAUUAAUGGUGCUGCCGCGCAAGGUCAUUUGAAAGUUGUUCAAUGGCUACACAAGAAUCGAAGC